AUGCGCUUCUCCAACGCCGGAGGCGAAAAAGGUAGCUUCGAUACUGGCCGUAACGUCCGGGGAUUCGCCGUCAAGUUUCGGACUCCUAAAGGAAACUGGGAUUUGACUAUUCGUGACCCGGCAAAGUUUCCUCUCUUGAUUCAAGCCUUGAGUACGAACACUCAAACCGGACGACACGACCCGGAUGCGACCUUCGAUUAUCUCGGUUCCCAAUGCCGAGGGCUUUGCCCCAAUACCUCCGUUUUCUAUCCGACGCUGGGACUUCCCAAGACCGACGCAUUCAGUGGGCACGUCUAUAAAUGGGUCAAACAAGACGGAUCGUGGGUAUACGUCAAAAUAACCUUCAAGAGCCUUCAAGGGAACUACAAUUAUACCGCUGCUGAGCAAGGCUCAAUUCAAAAUCCAGGACAAGCAUCGCAGGAACUCUUCGAGAGUAUCCAAGCUGGUGAAAGACCCGGAUGGAAAGUUUACGCGCAAGUCAUGACUCCUAGAGAUGCUGAGAAAUUCCGUUAUAACGUCUUGGACCUUACAAAGGAAUGGAGGGAGGACCUUGUGCCUCUCAAUGAGAUCGGAAAAGUCGAGUUGACCCAGAACCCCACCAACUACUUUGCCGAGGUCGAGCAAGCUGCUUUCACCCCUAGUAACAUCAUCGAUGGAUGGGAGCCCAGCGAUGACCCGGUGUUGCAAAUGCGUCUCUUCGCUUACACCGAUGCCCAGCGAUACCGACUCGGAGCAAAUUAUCAACAGAUCCCCGUCAACUGUCCUCUGAGCGCCGUCGCUAACUAUCAACGUGAUGGAGCAUCCUCAUACCUGGGUGACCAAGGAAACCGACCGGCUUUUGAUGCCAGCUACGCUCAUCUGGCUGUAGUCCCAAGAGCUUACAAUAACGAUAACCACACAAUCUGGAAAAGUGGAGCGAUUCGCUACCUCAGUCAGAUUGCUCCAAUCGAUUUCGAACAGCCAAGGUACUUCUACGACAACCUGUCACCCGAACAGAAGAGCAAUUUAGUCGGUAAUUUUGCGGGUGGUCUGUCCCAAGUCAAGAACCGCAACGUGGUCCAAAGAGUGCUGCAGGUGGUCCAACAAGCCAGUCCUGAACUUGCCCAAAAGAUCUACUUCGCCAUGUUUGCUUCUCGUAAAGCUAACUAACCUCCAACUCUCUCUUGCUAGACAAUGACAAAAAAA